AUGGAAGGCUUCAACUUCAUCAUCUCUUCUCACCAGAAGGAAGGGGAAGAGUUCCAGAAAGGUGCCCAGCGUGGAAAGACCAAGCACAAGGGUGCCGAGGCGCAGAGGGCUAAAGUGAAGGCUGAGGCGGAUGCUGCGCGCGAGGCCAACAAGGAGGCUGCUGUAGAUAGGGAUGCGGAGGAGAAGAGGAAGGAAGAGAGGGAAGGCCUUUGA